UGGCGGGCGAGCUCGCAACGUACUAUCCGACCUGCACAUCAGUAUCUCCGUUCAGCCGAUAGCGUACGCACACACGCGCUUCUUACCUGGCCACAUUUACCUCCUCAGUGGGUACGACUCCGACGGUAAUGCAACAAGUGACGUGCUUUUUUUGCGCUAGGCCUUCGACACAUCGCUGUUGGUACUCUUCGCGCGAUAUCGAUUCAUCCCAGGACGCGGAUUUUUCCUGCUGAUUUUGUACGUUUUCCAGUGCGCUCGUAAUUCGCGACGAAUUUUCCGGAUUUUUUUCUUCAAUUCUCGACGAACGAGCGAAUAGUACCUACAUAUUUAUACAAGUUCGUUUUUUUUUUUUGUUUGUUCCUCGAAUAGAUAUUUUGUGUGUACUAAUUGAAAAACUGAUUAUGUCGAUGAAGUAGUGAUAAUAGUAAGUGGUGUAAAAUAUAGGAUUAUUUUGAAAUGGCUUCUGAUGAAGACUGUAAUAACACAUUUUCCUAUCCGAUAAUGGAAGAUCAGGCGACGUCAUCGCCGGUACCAAACAACCACUAUUCAGCGUGUCUAUCGCCAUCGAACACCCCAUCGCCCCUUCUGCAACCGCAGUACCGGUACGACUACCAGGAGGAGAUGAUACCGGCCUCGCAGGUGAUACCGCAGGUCAUACCGAAGGGCCAGGACCCGUGGGGCGCGAUCGCCGAUCAAGUGUACGAUUACAGGCACCACCAGUACGACGGGAAUAGGUUCGCGACGGGCAACGAUUACGUCCGAUCGAAUUAUUCGGAUACGAUGUCGGUGUACGGCCAACGGACUAAUUUCGUGCCGAAAAUCGGCGGACAGGGACAGAAAGUGACGAAAGAGGCGCGCAUUAGAAGACCCAUGAACGCGUUCAUGGUGUGGGCGAAGGUGGAGAGGAAGAAAUUGGCCGACGAGAAUCCGGAUUUGCACAAUGCCGAUUUGAGCAAAAUGUUGGGCAAAAAGUGGCGAUCGUUGACGCCGCAAGACAGGCGACCCUUCGUCGAGGAAGCCGAACGGCUGCGUGUGAUCCACAUGACCGAGCAUCCCAAUUACAAGUACCGGCCUCGUCGCAGGAAGCACAACAAACAACGGGCGACGUCGGGACCGGGCGCCCGCGUCGGCACCUCCCUGCCCAGCCCCAACAUGCCCAACAUGUCGCCCAGGUACUCGCAGUACAUACCCAACACUAGUCUGUCGCCGAACCUGCAACAGCAAUCGUCGUUCCCGUCGAUGGACUAUCCCAGUCCCGGCGGCAGCGUCGACUACGCCAACGAGAAGAGAUACAGUCCUGAUAGUAGUUAUAAGUUCAACAACCAUUACGGAUAUAUACAGUUCGCGAACUACCCGCAGAAGAGUCCCUAUUCGAACCAAUCGCCGGAGAACUCGCCCACGCACAGUCCCGAUUCCAAAAGCCAGAACAUACCGGGCAGUCCUGCUGAAGGGAAAGAAUUGAACGCUGGUAAGAGUACGCCCGACAUGUCUCCUAUGGAAACCGAGAAAGAGCAAUUCCAGCAAUACAAAGAUGAGAAUAGAAUAACCAACGCUCAGAAUACAUCAUCUUCAUCGGCCGAACAAUCGUUCAACACGAAUCGUGUUCUCAACUACAGGCAGUCCAAUCAGCAAUUCACCAACGCCCAACCCAUCACAUCGGUACCGAUGUCGAACGGUAUGUACAUAAUGUGCGCGAACAAGAGCAGCGUCGAACAAGGACAAGUCGUCACCGGAACGUUCUACCCGCCGGUGGCCACCUCGCAGGAUCAACAACUGCUAGGCAGCUCGCACGGUUCCAGCAUAAACACCUCGAGCAACCUGAGCUACUACACCACCAACGUGCAAUCGUACUACAACAAGGACUACGCCUACGAGCACCACGACCAAAACAAAGACACCUUCUUGGGCUACCAAUCGAUGAAGGCGAUGGAGAAGCCCGGCGACUACCUGCAGGUGUACAAACCGGACGAUUACUACAACCAGGAGGCGCACCUGCAGACCUACAUCCCGAAUACGGCGGAGAAUCGCAACGAUAUCGACGACGGCGACGUCGACACCAGGGAGUUCGAUAAAUAUUUGAAGUUCGGCCAGGCCGAGGCGAACGCGAUCGAUUCGAAUCACAACUACAGGAACGAUGGGCUCGGCUCUAACGUGUCGUACAACUUUCAAGCUCAACCAGCGUCUGUGAUUUUGCCCAAUUCGAACGUGAAACCGGAACCGUUCAUCGCCCACUGCCCCGAAAUCUACGAGAUCGCCCCCAACGGGGUGCCCAAGAACGAGGACGAUUUCAGCGAGAUUCUGGCCGGGGUGCGGAAGACGUGCUUCAGUACGUGAUGAUUGCGGUGUUUUUUAUUAAGUGCAAUUUUUUAUUUAAUUCGAUUCCUGCAUCGGUUACGGGAAGAUUUCUUUUGUACAACCUUGAAAAUUAUCUGAUGUCUUCACGAUCAUUAUCUACAUAUUUCUUCAAUAAUUUAUAACAAUAGGCCGUAUUUAUAAAAAGAAGCACAACCUUUUACUUCAAAAAAUGAAGGAAUUGCUUCAAGGUAUAAGCACAAAAAGAAUUGCGAAGGAAGAGAUUUUGCUUUGAGUACCCUGCUGUUGCUUUAAAGCAAAAGGUUUUGUGGUUUAAAACCUUUUUCGCUUAUCUUUUGCCUCUACCUUUUACUUUAAAGUAAAUGCUUCAUUUUUAUAAAUAUGGAC